CAUGGCUGCCUGCGGUGACGGUGGAGACAGAGGUGAGGAUAGCAUACUGGAACCACUGUGUUUACCAGAGUCUUCAGAUGGCGGUCCCAGCUCUCCCAGUCUGCAGUGUCCCAGUUUGGAGCUGCUGGUGUGUCUGUUCUGUUCUGAGUCCUUCCCUGUGCUGCAGAAAGACCUUCUCCUCAAGCACCUGUUGAUGGAACACAAGCUUGUCAUUGCUGAUGUUAAACUCAUCACAGACCUCCCCAAGUACUUACUGUAUUGGAAGGGCAGGUUCCUGGAGCAGCCCGUCACAGAUUUCUGCAGUGUGAUCAAGACAAACUCCACAGGUCCAGUCGAGAAACAGGAAGACUACUUCCUGCUCUGUGAUGUUCUUCUAGAAGACCGGCUCCUUCGAGAAAAGCUGCAGCAGAAACGACUGGAGGAGGUACUGGAGCAACAGCAGAAGGAGAGGGAUGACAGCAGUUUCCACCGUCUCUGCUUGUUCUGCAGUGAAGAGUUCACUGGAAACAGGAGCUGGGGAAAACCUGGGAGGAGGUUCAGAGUGAAGAUGACCGGGAUUUGGUAGAUGACAAUGAUGACUGGUCGGACUGGCAGGCUCAUCCAGUUUCUGCUGUUUGCCUCUUCUGUGAUCAUCAGUCAGAGACCAUGGAUCACAUCUACACACAUAUGAAGGACACUCACACCUUUGAUCUUCAUCAUCUAAAAGCAAAACUCAAUCUCAGGUUCUACCAGCAGGUCAAGCUGGUGAACUUUAUUCGUCGGCAGAUCCACCAAAGUCGCUGUUAUGGCUGCCAGAAGAAGUUUGACUCGAGAGUGGACAUGCUGCAGCACAUCGUGUCUGAAGGACAUGUGAUGAAACUGCCAGAGAUGUCCACCUGGGACCAGCCACAAUAUUAUUUCCCUACGUAUGAGAACGACACACUCCUGUGUACGCUGUCUGACAGCGAUGAAGAUAACAGUGAAGAUACGAAUCAUGGUGAGGACAUCCCGGUGUUUGCAGAGGACAUCUCCAACCUGCGAGGACUUAAACAGACCAGCAUCCUCAACCAGCUGCUGAAGAACUGAGGACUCUGCAACUGAUCGACAUUUUCCUUUAAUGAGACUCUUGGACACACAGCAGCAUGUUUUGAUUUUUGAUGUGACACUUUAAUUCUGUUUGCUUAUGCAGCCAGGACCUGCAGAAUGUUGAGGUGCAAUCAGCUGAUCGUUUUAUUCUGCUGCAUUUUUCAGUCCAACCUUAUAUUUUUAUUGUUAUGAAUAAA